UGCUUCCUAUUGUCCACCAGCAGGGCGUUACCGUCGCUGGACUGUGUUGCCAGAUCACCCGGUUCUUGUCCGCCUUCCUACCCGGGAUGAGGAGCGUGAGUCGGGGCUUACAACUCCGCGGACUGACCGCUGGAUAUAUUUAUUAUUGGAUAUUUAUUGUAUAUAUUUAUAAUCAGUUAAAACGAUACAAUCUUAGUGCGUGUUGACCGCUAGAUAUUUGUUUGGAAAGGAGACGCUAGUGACGCAGAUGAAUGAAUGAAUGACGGAGCGGGUCGCCGAGGUCCAGCAUGUCCAAGAUGAAGCCGUGCGAGGCGGUCAGGGUGGUGACCAGAUGCCGGCCCCUGAGCAGCAAGGAGGAGGCUGCGAACUGCCAAUCCAUCCUGGAGCUGGAUGACAAACUGGGCCAGAUCCGCGUCAGGAACCCCAAGGCUCCACCCGACGAGCCCGUCAAAGUCUUCACCUUCGACUCGGUCUUCGGACGGGAGUCCAAGCAGAGCGACAUCUACGACGACGCCGUGAGACCGCUGGUGGACGCCGUGCUCGGCGGCUUCAACGGGACCGUCCUGGCCUACGGCCAAACCGGGACAGGUAAGACCCACACCAUGCAAGGCGUGCCGGGGGACCCCGACAUGAGGGGCGUCAUCCCCAACUCCUUCCACCACAUCUUCACGCACAUCUCCAGGACGCAGAGGCAGAAGUACUUGGUCAGGUCCUCCUACUUGGAGAUCUACCAGGAGGAGAUCCGAGACCUCCUGCGCAAGGACAACAACCGCAAGUUGGAGCUGAAGGAGAGCCCGGACUACGGAGUCUACGUCAAGGACUUGUCGUCGGUGGUCACCAAGAACGCCACGGAGAUCCAGCACGUCAUGAACCUGGGCGACCAGUCCCGGUCCGUGGGCUUCACCUACAUGAACGAACGCAGCUCGCGGUCCCACGCCAUCUUCGUGGUCACCGUGGAGUGCAGCCUGGAAGGGCCGGACGGCGAGGACCACAUCCGGGUGGGGAAGCUCAACAUGGUGGACCUGGCCGGGAGCGAACGCCAAAGCAAGACCGGCGCCAAAGGCGAGCGCCUGAAGGAGGCCACCAAAAUCAACCUGUCCCUGUCCGCCCUGGGGAACGUCAUCUCGGCGCUGGCGGACGGGAAGGGCGGCCAUGUCCCCUACCGGGACUCCAAGCUCACCCGCCUGCUGCAGGACUCGCUGGGCGGCAACGCCAAGACCGUCAUGAUCGCCACCGUGGGGCCCUCGCCCCGGAACCACCACGAGUCCCUGGCCACACUCCGGUACGCCAACCGGGCCAAGAACAUCAAGAACAAGCCUCGCGUCAACGAGGACCCGGAGGCCGCCCUGCUCAGGGAGUUCCAGCGGGAGAUCGCCCGCCUGAAGGCGCAGCUGGAGGAGCGAGGCACGCUGGCCCGGGAGAGGAGGAGCAGGCGGCGGGAGAGCAAGAGACUCAGCCGGGGACUGGACGGGGACCACGCCGUCCUCUUCCGGGAGAAGGACGCCGAGGACCACGCCGUCUGCUUCCGGGAGAAGGACGCCGAGGACCGCGGUGGGGAGAAGAGGAUGAGCGUGGACGACGGCCAGUGGGACCGGGAGGCGGUGGAGAAGAUCAUGGAGAAGUACAAGGCCAUGGAGAGCAAACUUCUAGAGGGAGGCAAGACCAUCAUUGAUCACACCAACGAGCAGCAGAAGUUGCUGGAACAAAGGAGGCAGGAGAUUGCUGAGCAGAUCCGAGGCGAGCGGGAGAUGCGGCAGCAGAUGAUGCUGCAGGAUGAGGAGACCUCCGAGAUGAGGGAGACCUUCUCCUCCCUGCAGCAGGAGGUGGAGAUGAAGACCAAGAAGCUGAGGAGGAUGUACGCCAAGCUGCAGCUGGUGUGGGCGGAGACUGGUGACGUGGUUGAGGAGCACGUGACCACCAGGCAAGAACUGGAACAGACUCAGAACGAGCUCACGCGAGAACUCAAGUACAAAUCUCUGCUGAUUGACAACUUUGUCCCAGCGGAGGAGAAGAAGAAGAUGGUGAGCAGACUGAGCUUUGAUGCAGACGAGGACCAAUGGAGGCUGAAGUCUGUGGUGCCCUCAGACAGUCUUCAUGCGAGCGCGUCCACUCGGGUGAAGAAGAGGCCUCUCUCCGCCGUGGGCUACAAGCGGCCAAUCAGCCAGUACGCGCAGGCCGCCGUUGCCACGGCAACCGGGGCCCCGUCCAGAUACCAGGCUGAGAACGUCAUGCUGCUGGAACUGGACUUGUCUCCGCCCGCCUUCUUCUCCCUGGACCUCCACGGCUCUCACCUGGAGAGGGUCUUCUCCCCCAGGCUCCUGCCCGACCCCGCCCUGGACCCGGUCGCCAUGCGAGACCGGACUCAGUCGCCAGCGCGGGUCAGGAAGUCCCGAUCCUGGUACCAAGCUCCACAAGCAGCUGGUCUUUCACCGUCCUGGUCCUCCAGCACCCUCACCUCGUCCCACAGUCCCAGACAAAGACCCUUCUCAGCCGUCCAUCUCCCAGCCGAGGCCUCGCCCCACACUGAGUGGGCCCUGGGUGGCCCCUGAGUGGCCCCUGCUGCACCUGUAGAAGCACACCCGCAACAACUGGGAUGAGUUUGCCUUUUGUCUUGCGCUGCUUCAACAAAAAAGCCGAGGUCAGCAAAAAAGCACAGCUUUUCUUUUCCUUUUGGGAGCGUCUAGUCCAGGUGUGUCCAAACUUUCACCCCUGAAGGUCGCACAAUGGAAAGUGAAAGCAUUUUCUUACCUUUUUCAUUUUCAAAACCAAUACAUUUAUUUUUACCUUUUAAGUUUGGUCAUAAAAAUGUCAAAAAUAAGUUC